AUGCUCGAACCGCGCAUACACGAACAAAAGUUGGCUGUGCGACGAGACGACGCAUUAUCACAAGUGGCCGCCCACACCUACGAAAUGGGUCACGAGUUCAAUUUCGCAGCCAACAAAAUAGUCGCCCACGCCGGAAACAAAACGGGUCGAGAAUUAAUUGAAGCCUGGGCCUCAGAUGAGAACUCGGCCAAUCGAUUUGUCGAUCUGGCGCCGGCGUAUAGAGCCCUGCGCGGUCACAUCCAGUCUUGUGCCGUCGGUCGAUGA